CAGCAAGGGCCGCCACAUAACCAUUCAAACUGUGUUGGAAAGUUAAAAUUCAGCACAAUAUGCCCACGCAUCCUAUUUGGUUUUACUCAUGUUUACAAAAUAUUGAGGAUUGUAUUUAAGGUGGCGGGCAAUUUGACUCUACCGCUUCAUUCGCCCCCUGGUAUGUUCGCACCACGUUGGUUAUUUCAUCUGAUCGUCUCUUCAUAGAUUAAUUCAUAGAAUAGCAGCUAAAAAUGAUCCCAAGAAAUCACUUUGGAUGGUCGAAUGCAAAAUCUCCUACCAUGAAGUCUUCUUCAUCCCAGCCCUACCUCUUCUUCAACCCUUAGCGCUAGAUUUAAACUCAACAAAAUUAUGGAACUGGGUGAAUUCUCAGCGUUCAUGGGCAGUUUCAUAGACUCUCCUGGAGUCAUGCUGAAGUAUUUCCAGUGUCACCCCAGAGUAAUUAAUAUUUGUGUUGGACUUUGAACUUCCCUCACAAUAAAAUGUCCGCGCUGUUUAAUUUUCAAAGUCUAUUAAGUGUCAUUCUCUUGCUGAUAUGCACUUGUGCUUAUGUUAGACACUUUUGGCCAGCAUUACUAGAUUCACGAAAGAAUGGACUUUUAGGAUUAUUUUGGAAAUGUGCAAGAAUUGGUGAACGUAAAAGUCCAUAUGUUGCUGUCUGUUGUCUUGGAAUGGCGUGUGCAGUACUUUUCAAUUCUUAACUAUUGUACAUUGAAUAAAUAAAUCAAUAAAAAUUGUUGAAGUGGCUUCAUUUCUUACUUUCUUUUCUUUUGUUUGUUUGUUUGUUUGUCUGUCUGUCUGUUUUCGACAUAAAAUAACUUUGCACCAAUGUGCACCAGUUCAAGUCGCCAUACGCCACUCCUUGUAGCACACACAAAACAAGAGAAGAAAGUAAAAAGAAAUGCAUAAUAGGUAGAGACAGUAAACAGAGGUGUGAGACAAAGGAAUAGUAAUAACGAAGAACAAUAUAGUUUCAUUGGAAAUCAUAAGUCACAUGAAGUGGAUGCAUCUAACUGCGCCAUCCAGGCACUGACCACGAUUUUGAGCCUUAUCACCAAUUGUUUCCAGCCUUCAUUGGUUUUUACCGUCCCGAGGACCCCAACCAGUCAGUCAGGAAGUCUACACCUUCCUACGUGGCUGGCUGGCAAAAACUAACUGUUAUGGAUAUCACUGACUGUUGGAGCCAUGUUUUGGUUUGACAGCCGCUGGCUAGCUCUUUUCCAGCCUGACCCUGUGUCAACUAACACUAUCCGUCAAGGAAGGCGAUGACUAGGCAUCCAUGCGUAACACAUAUCCUAACCAUCUCAAUCGGUGUAACUUCACAACCUCAACGAUUGGUUUCCCCUCCUUACCUAGCACUUGACCAAUGAGUAACCUCAAUAUUGCUCACCCUAUUAUACAACUUCACACGGGAGAUAGAACGCAGGCACCUAUGAUCAAAGACAGUUGACUAGCUUUUUCAUGUCUUCCACUCUCAAUGGCUCAAUGUCUCACAGCCAGCCAUAAAUAAGGACGGAGCGGACUGUUGAGCACUAGAUACGCCCUUUGGUCUACAGCAGCCAGCCGGAUAUCACGUCUACUAAGCCAGAGAUGGCGUAAACUGGCAUGUAUGCGAAACUAGCCCUCUGUAUCUGUACUGAGAUUUCGUCAGAGAUCAACCCGUUGGCGUUGGGGCUGAUGGUACUUCCCAAAUAAGUGAAAUGCGGUCAACGUGCUCUACUUUCUUUUUUUCUCUCUCUCUGGUUCUCUCGCUUUGUUCACUUGUCCUAAUCACACUUAAUUUUUUUUAGGUUUUAUGCCAUGCAAUCGUUGU